AUGGAAUACUCGGCAAUUGCACAGCGCAAGCAAGCCCAGCUCUGGGAGCGUAUACCGCAAGAAUGGCGCCUUUCUCCGUCCCAAAUCCCACUCGGGAUGCACUCCCCUGCAGAGUCUGUCACCAAUGUCCAGUAUGACCGGGUCAAUGUGCUGGGCAUUCCUCGCUCUUGCGGGCUGCUCUCUGAGAAGGAGCUUAAUAUCACUGAGAACUGGGAUGUUCAGGGUCUCUUGGGGCAAAUCCAUAGCCAGAAGUUGACAUCGAAAGAGGUCAUUGGGGCUUUUUGCAAGGUACGCGUAAAACUUCUUUCCCUUCUGCAGUAUGCUAACAACUGUAGCGAGCAGCAAUUGCACAACAAAUUACCCGCUGCUUAA